GGAGGAGGAGGAGGAGGAGGAGGAGGAGCUGAGUCUCCAGAAGUUUUUAUUCAGGAUUUAACUCAGAUCAGAAGAAGAUGAUGAACAUUGAGCAGGUCGGACGACUUCUGAACUCCAUCUACAGGAGAGCCAAUGAACUGCAUCUGCAUCGCUGUUAGCAGCUAACAGCAUCUAACCAGCUAAGCAGUCAGUUACAGUCAGUGACCAGCAGGUGGUGCUGAGGCUGUUGCAUGGCCACAGGAGUGAACUACUGGAGCUCAUAUGAACCUGGUUACAAGGUGAGAGAGUGUGUGUGGGGGGGAGAGCAGGAGUCGAGCAGCGAGGACGGAGGAGGGGAGGUUACAUGGGAAACAGACGCCAUGGAGGUCAAGGGUCAAAUCAUUACGACACCUGACCCUCUCACUUGCCCCGACAAGAAGCAGAGGGAGCGAAUGACAGAGCUGCAGGAGAGGAGGCGGAGCCUGCAGGCGCUGCUGAGGACACGAUUGGCUGAGUUCAGACGCAUCUGUCUGCAGGAGGCAGAGCUGACAGGUGCGGUGCCCAGUGACUUCCCCCUGGAGGCGGGAGAGAAGCCCCCCUGUGUCCGACGAAGGGGGGGAGUGUCUCGCCAAGGAAACAGGAAGUUUAGAGCAGAGGAGGAAGACUCUCAGCGUUCGAAGCCGAAGAAAACUUUAUUCAGUGCAGCUCUGAGGAAACACAGUGACUCUGAACACAACACGCAAACACAAACACACCAUGGCAAGAGGACUGUGCAUAGAGGCUGCCACACAGAUGACACAGUGAGGUCAGAGAGCAGCUCGACAUCAGACUCAACAGGACAUGACAAUGAAGACAGCGUGUCUCAGUGUCGCCCCCCGCUGGUCUCUGCUGCUUCUCCAGUGGAGGUUUUCUACCACAACAAAACCAGAAGGAACUCGCUGCACAUCAGGAUCGACCAUCAGGAGACUCCUCAGACCCACAAGCCCCUCCCCCUGCUGCCCAUCCCUCCUCCCCCUCUAUCACAGGACUCCUCCUCUCGCCCUUUUGACCCAGUAGCAGCAGGUGAGGGCGGGGUCAGGGUGAACGCAGCUCGUCGCUGCAGUAGCUCAGACGGUCUCCUGGACCGUGUCCCCCCCCCAGAGGAGGACGGGGGUGCACAGCAUGGAGGACUGAGGGUUAUUGAUGUGUCAGCGUCCAGGGGAACAAACGUCUCUGGAGUGUUCAGGAGCUCCGAGCUGAUGGACGGACGAACAAGGUCAAAUAACAGACCCGCUGAGGGAGGGGCAGGGGGAGGAAGAGGAGGAAGAGGAGGGGGAUACAGUGAGGUCCUGCUGGAUUACGUCUGGAAACAACAGCAGGUGCAGCGACCGCAGCCCCACACCAAUAACAGGCAGCCAAUCACAUCCCAGCACCAGCUGCUCUACAAUGGCUUCUCCUCCCAGCAGCCCCCGGGUGCCCCGCCCACCUUCCGUAGUCACUAUGGCGACCAACGACAAGUCAAAGUGACCCGCACUAAAUCCUGUGGCCCUUUCCUCCCGGUGCAGCAGACCGAUACCCCCAAUCCUCCUCUGUCCACCAUCCAGCCGGACCCCCACCCCCACCUGCUACCUCCCCGACCCACACAGCUGCCCCCCACCCAGGAUUCCCAGCUGGAGGAGGCCACCAGGAGCCUCCACAAAGCCCUCGCCCUAGAAGGUCUGAGGGACUGGUACCUGAGGAACACGCUAGGCUCAAUCCACCAAAACCAAAACCACGCCAAUGGCAAGGCGAGCACAGGUGUCUCCACUAAGGUGAAUGGAGGGGUCAAAGGUCAGUCGGGUGUGGGUGGAGCUCUGCAGCGUAGACGCACGACUCAUGGCGUCAUCCAACAAUCGACCUAUCAGACGGAGACCAGUCAUCAUCAUGCUCCGUCGCAUACCAAGCAGACGCUGCCACAUUCAGCCACAUUCCACGGGCACCCGCUCCACGGCAGGUCUGUGGACAACGCUCUCUACCACGACUCCUUCUCACCUCAGAAAAAGGAAGUUCCUCUCAGAGAUCUGUCUGUGGACCAGCCGUCUCCUGGGACCCUGGUCUGACUCACCGUCCAAUCAGAAGAACAGAAACAGACCAAUCCCACACAGACGUAUUGACCUGUGUCCAGGUGACUGAAUCAAACACACCUGUGGAGGUCCUGGUCCUGGAUGUUCUUUGUCUGCUAUAGAACCUCCCGGGUUCUCCAGGACCUGCAGGUUCAAACAGGGCUUCAGGUUCCAGCUGCAGCGUGUCACAGGUUGAUGUUUCUCCCCAGGUGGAAUCUGGGAGAGACUCAACAGAACGACUGGAUAAACCACAAACAAAUCAGGUCCCACAGACCUCCAGCCCGACUUGGGUCAAACCUUGGUCAAAGGUUAAUCUGGACGUACGUCAGCUGAUCCUGCUGCCAGCCAGGUUCAGUCGCUGCUUGGCUUUAAAUAACUGAUAUCAGGGAUGAAGAUGAACUUGAUGAACCUGAACCUGUAAACGUCAUGUGAUGACCCUCCAGGUCUGAUCCCCCUGACCUGAGGUUCAGGUUUACUUCUAAAGUUGGUUCUAACUUUUUCUAUGACAAUGCCCUCGUCUCUCAAGCUGUUUCAUAUCUGCACUGACGCCUGCACUGACGCCUGAAGCCUCCUAGUAAAAUGUGUGUUAAAUGUCAGAGUGAGUCCAUGUGAGGACACAGCAGGACAAUGUCCUGAAGCUUCCGAGUCAUCUUUUGGUGAUGACGGCCAUCGUUGUGAACGAGUCUGACCCCGACAAUCUCCUGCUGCUUCUUCAGAUGAGAAAGAUGAACUCAGGUCUGAAAACAGUUUCAGACUCUGCUCAGACAAUCAGGACACAUCAGAGUUUUUAUAAGAACUUUUGAUAAGUGAUGAUGAUGAUGAUGAUGAUGAUGAUGAUGAUGAUGAAGAUGAUGCACUCUCACCAGCUCAGUCCAGCCAAUCAGCAGUUUAUAAAGUUUGAACGAUUUUGAUAAAGUGAUUAGAUCAGGUGUUUGAUUCCUCAGGUGAGUCCUUCAAAAACCAGCAGGUGAUGUUUUUCAGGUGUUUUUACAGUUUGGAUUUUAAGGUGCGGCAGCUCGGUCUCAUCGUUAGAACCAGAACCAAAUGCUGCACUAGCAUCAUGAGCCACACAACCUGCAGGAUCCAGACCAAAGCUAAUUCAGCAUUGGUGUCAUGAUUAAAUUUGUGCACAACAGUUUUCCCUUGUGCGUCACAUGAGAGCAGGUGCGAUGUAAUGUAAUGUUAACCCCGCCCCCUGAAUACCAACGAUCGCUUUCACAAAGAACAGAGAAUGAGGUGUCCUCCUGUUAGCCUGUUAGCCUAUCCGACUGUGUGGUAGGCUGUUAGCAUGCUAAUCUGGCAGGUGUGUAGGCCAGCAGGCUUUUAGCCUCUCUGACUGUUACUGGGCCAGGCUGCUAGGCGUUCAGCCCGUCAGACUGUUAUUAUUUUAGCCUGGGAGGUUGUUAGCCUCUCAGACGUUGAAUCUGUUAGCCUGGCAGGCUGUAGCCUAGUUGUCUAUCGGACUGUUGGGUCAUUAGCCUGUGAGACUGUUAAGUUGUUAGCCUGUUAGCUUGGCAGGCUGACAGACAGUUAGCCUGGCAGGUUGAUAGCCUUGUAGCCCAUCAGACUGUUAUUGUAUUAAGCUGGUAGGUUGAUAACCUCUCAGACGUUUAGCCUGUUAGCCCAUCAGACUGUUGGGUUGUUAGCCUGUUGGACUGUUAGCUUAGCAUGCUGGUUAGAUGCUGCCCUCUCUCAGAUGUGUUCGUAUUAACCGUGUUCAUGAGGAGCCCAUGUGAACGACCUUCAAGAGGUCAUACCUCUGACCUCCACUUUCUGAAACCUCAGAGCUUUGUCAUGUUUGUUCAAGUUUUCAGAAAGGUUAGAGGUCAUUGUCAUUUGAGUCUUUCUUUGUAAUUUUAUGACACAUCUGAUGAAAAUGUUCUUCAGUCUUUUCCUUCUGUAUUACGUUUGCUGCCUCAUGACUUAACCCCUCCAACGCCAAACAAACCACGAAUACGACUUCCUCCAUCGUAACCAUGAGCUCCCUCUGAAGGCAGCACGAGAUAAACCUGUUUAUGACCAUAAAGAGUUCAUGUUCGGAAAUGAAGUGAAACGAUGAUGUCAUCUGCACACAAAUCAUUAAAUUAAUAGAAUGUGACAAAGUCCAAAGAGACGUCUUCAGAGAGUUGAGUCAGAACGUAGAUCCAGGUCCAGGAUCAGGUCCAGGAUCAGGUCCAGAUCCAGUGUGAGAGCAAUAAGAGUCUGUUUCAACUGCUUCAGGAUAAAAAUGCAGCGACAAUCAGACAAUGAUGUCACAGUGUUGAUCAGCUGGUGUAAUGAUCGACUAAAUUGAUCGUGUUUUGCACUGAGCUGAACUAAUGUGAACUCUUUAAUAAAGACGUCUGAAUGAGAUGUUAAAACCACGUGAAGUGGGAGGUGACCAGCGUUCUGAUGACGUCACUGUCAGAGUAUUUUCUUUUCAAAGUUGUUGAACGGUUGCUUAGAUUGAUUGACAGGUAUAAUCACACAUCAGUUUUUACUGAAUGACAUCCAUCAGACCAAAAUCCAUAUUACUGAAGGUUUGUUAGAAAUUCUGACUCCAGGUGUCAUUUGACUAUGGCUGCAGUCCCAGCAUGCACCUCUUCGGACUGUGGCAUCAAACCAAAGCUGAACAGACACGUUUUCUGUGUGUUCACCUGAAUCGACAGGAACAUGUCACAUUCAUAGACUGUAAAUAAAGAUGGACAACAUGACUGCUCCCAAAUGUGAAGCCAAAGUGUCUCCAUUGCCCCCUGGUGGCUGGCUGCAGUAUAGGUCAUAAACCCCUCCUCCUCUAUGUUAGCAGAUGGGACAUGGAACAAACUAAAGAGAUCGAAGUAGAUGUUAAAUAAAUGUUUCUCAAAGGUGGUGUCUGUCAAUUAAGGUAGUUCUUAUCAAACAGAUGUUCAUGGUUCUGAUAAGUUUAGUUUUAAUUAUUAUUUAAUUAUAUAAAAACAGGCUGAGACAUGAUUGACAGCUGAGGCUGACUCCUGAUUGGUCAAGUGGAUGGAAGGGUGGGAUCUUAAUAACACGACUCCACUGCACAGACUCUGACUCCAAAUGACAGCACCAGCACAAAAUGGCAGCAUUCCUGUCAGAGAUACUUUAAGUUAAUUUAGUACGAUGAUAGUAAGAGGAGACACGGCGUCCAUCUUUAUUAGCGGUCUGUGGACACAUCUGACAGAAACACAUGAUCCAGCCUUCUUACUGUAGUACCACUGUGAAGUACUCUACGUACUCAGGGCUGAGUCCAGGAUCAGGUCUACAUUCCUCCAGCAGAAGCUCCACCAGCCUCCAAACAAACUGUGCAAGUGUCUGAGUAUUUAAAAAGUCUGUUCACUCGUCUCAGUGUUGAAAUAAUAAAAACUAUUAUUUAUCACGGUAAUUUGUGUGUAACUACAGAAGGUGUCCUCAGUACUUCACUCUGUUCAGUACUGUACUCCUGUAGUACCACCAGUACUAUGCAGUAACUAUUGUUAGUUACUCUGGUAAUGAUGAUGAUCUGUGUCCCCUUCAGGUGCUGGACCAGCUGUGAUGCGUUCAGGUGCGCUGUACAGUUGGUGUUUGUUUGUAAACUGUCUGUUAACAUCUUUUUCUAUCUUUUUGUCAUUUGUACUUUUCCACUUCGAACUUUCUGAAUCUUCAAAAUUGAAAAAGCUUCAUGUAAAUAACUGACAUAUUGUUAACAUGUUGUUUUGGAAUAAAGAUUUCUCUGCACACUC